AUGACCUUGCACACGCCUGACCAUCCCUCUUCGCACUUUGCUUCAAGCUCGUCUCGCACGCCGACAAGGAUCGCAGCACACGACAUUGAAAGCGGCUCGCGACGAGGUGUGAGCCUGGACGCAGACGAUUCUUCAGAAUCCGAGUUGGAGCUAAGAAGCAGUACGGAUGGUGGCGGUAGCAGCUCUAGCGCCAGUGUGGAUGAUGACGAUCUCGGUGGGGACAAAAUGCUCGGAUCUGCUGCAGGUGCCGUCAAUGGCGUGGUCAGCCCAGGAACGGAACGAAGGAUGCACGAGGCGAAUGGCUUGCCAGCCUCGAAGAACACAGGCAAGGACAAGGAGACAUUGAAUGAAGGAUCGGCAGGCACUGAAGAGGGUUGUAACGAAGCAUCAUCUUCAUCAUCUAGACCGAGGCGCACUGCUUCGUCCAAAGCUCACCUGGCGUGGGAAGGCAGGGCUCCUGAUAGAGCUCCCAGGCUGCUAGUAGAGGUUGAACCACGCAAACGCGCUGGGACGUCAAUGUCUGCAGGCCCCAAACGUAAAGUCGGGCGACCAAGAAAGAAUGCGGAUGCAUCAGCAGAUGCUUCUGUUGGAGAGCGGGCUGGCAAGGUGUCGGUCCCAAAGACUGGAGGGGCAGCAUAUGAGCGUGACGACUCGGAGGAGAGCGAAUUGGCCAGUCGGAAUAGCGACGCCGAAAGGAAUUUUGAUGCUUCAAGCCACACUCUCGAUAAGGGCAAAGGUAGAACCGGAGCAGUAGUGCAGAUCGAUGUCACGCCUCGGAAGUCUCGCAGGCCAAGUUCAACUGCCUCUGUCUCCCGCUCAGUUGCUUCGCCAUUCGCGGACGAAGAGGAAGCUCCACCGGUCGUUGUGCCACGCAAGCGUGGUCGACCACCAAAGAAUGCUAAGGUCAACGCAAGCUCUUCAACAUCGCAGUCUUCCACCCCCAGAAGACGGGCCUCAUCGUCCGUCUCUGGCUCAGCGUCAAAACGCAAGCGCAUCACCCCUAGCCAUUCGAGCGUAUCAAGAGCCCGACCCACUCCCAGCACACCGAGCGGUCUCACAGGCAGAUCCGAGAAGCAUGAUGGACGCAAGGGGGAAUCACAGGACGACGCUUCGGCAUCGGCCUCACUCGUGGUGCCCACUUCUUCGGAUGCGUACUUUGCAGCGCACGCGAGCACUCGAUCCAGAAAAGCAAAGGAUCAAACCUCUUCUGCUCUUUUAUCUGCUCGCUUGGGUCCCCUGCGGCUAUCUUCCCUUGCCGAUCUGUCCCAAGUCUCCACCACUCAUACCGACCUCUCCACUCUUCAACGCUCUCACAACUCGUGGAGGUACAUGCUGCAGGAUGGCUUUCCAAUCUUGUUUCACGGUGUGGGAGAAAUGAAACAAGUUCUGGACAGCUUUGCCAGUCGGAUGGCCGAGGAGGGGUAUGCAAACAGCGUCAUCGUGAGGGGCGAUCAUGUGAAACGACCCGAAGAAAUUCUAGACGCUGUUGAAUUGGCGUUGGGCAUGGACAAGACUGGUAGAAGAAGGGAAGAAGACGACGUGUUUGCGACGCCAAUUGAGAGGAGAGCUGCUCUUGUUUCCAAACACUUGCGUAGAGGAAGACGACGGGCAAAAGAUGGCGAUCCUCUUCAAGAGGACGAGGACGACGACGACCAUGACUGCUGGCUUGAUGAUUGGCAGGAUGUUGAACCCAUUCCGGAAGCAGUCGAUGAUCUCGAGUGUCCGCCUUUGCUGCUGCUGAUUCACAAUGUGUCCAGCGCUCCGCUACUCGUUGCGCGAGCACAACGAGCGCUAGGCAUCCUUUGCAGGAGCAAGCUGAUUUGGCUGAUGGGGAGCACAGCGCACGUUCGCGCAGCCUCCUUGCUAAAUCUGCAUCCUUCGAGCCCAAGGUGGGUGUUGCAUGCGCUGCACACCUUCAUUGCUCGAGAGCCAUCGGCGCGCGUAGCUCACUCAGCCGGACUACCACGGGCUUUGUACGGUUCCGCGUCUAGCAACAGCGCUCAAAGAGCCGUAGGAUCGGCAGCACCCUCAGCGUCGCUUGGGAUUACCUCGGGCACUGCGCACGCAAGCGAAGUUCAAUCAGAUCUGAGCGCAAAGCAAGCUCUUCACAUCUUCAAGAGCGUAACGAACAAUGCUCAGUCCCUCUUUCUCAAGCUGGCCAAUCUACAAUUGCAAAAGUUGCGCUCGGACACGCCUGCUGCUGCGCCGGGAAGCACGACGUACAGCGAAUUGGGAACAUUGGCAGCUCGCAAUUUUAUAGCUACCAAUCCGGGAUCCUUGGCCUUGGUGGUGCACGAAUUCACGUCGCACGGCUUGUUGCGGGCCGUAGGCUCCGACACGCAAAUGGACAAUACGGGAUCGCAGUCGCAAUCGGGCGUGGCUGCGACGCAGGUGGUGCAGGGUAUCAGCACCUUUGCGUCUGCUACUACGCUGAGACUUGCUCUGGACAAGGAAGAACUCGAGAGGGCUGUGCAGCUUUGCACCGCUGCUAGAGCCCAUCGAUGA